AUGAGUCGUGAGAAAUCUCUCGAUGAUGAUGGAUUGAAAGCAGAAUGGGUUUCGAUUAAGGGUGAUCAAUUCUUUAAUGAAGGAACGAGACAACGUGUUGUUCUUUAUUUACAUGGUGGCGCUUUUUAUUUGUGUAAUGCUGCAUCGGUUAUGGGUAUUACUUAUAGACUUGCACAAUUUUCAACAAUCGAUUAUCGUACAGCUCCAAAGCGGAAUUCUCACGAUACAUUAGCUGCAUACUUGAACCUUUUGGACCUGCCCACAUACUCCGAAUACAAACCCUUCAAACCAAACCAAAUAGUUUUCGCUGGUGAUAGUGCAGGUGGCGGCCUCACGUUUGCGACAUUGCUCGCUUUACGUGAUGCCGGUCUACCGAUACCAGUCGGUGUUAACGUCCUGGCUCGGCUUAACAUUCAGCAUGCCAUCUGUAAUUGA